AUGCUUACUUGUCCGAUUUGUUCAAUACCGGUUGCAAGUAGAUGUUUUCGCCGUCAUCUGACAUUCCAUCAAGUAGAUAAUCCAGUUUUCCGAUGUCAUUUAUGUCAGCUUACAUUUCAAGAUCAAGUAUCAACUUUAACUCAUUGGGCUAUGGAGCAUCCAAAUGAAUGGUCCAAAUUUGUUAACAAACUCAAUGGGAAUGAUAAAUCAACAGAUAUUCUUGCUCAAAUUCAAUUAAGUUUAAAAAGUAUCAAUCAAGCAAGAGUUAAGUUUGAACAAGAAACCGGGAAUAAUAAUGCCAAUUUAAUAGAUUCGAAGGAACCCAAUAGCAUCUUGUCAAAAACAAGUAACAAUGACUUACGCUAUGUAUCGUGUUGUAUUUGUCUUCAUCGUUUUGGCAGUCAACAAGAUCUACAACGACACAUGAGGUCUCAUACUGGUGAAAGGCCUUUUAUAUGUCCACACUGUGGUAAAGAGUUCUCGUUGAAACAUAGUAUGCACAGACAUGCUCGAGUCCAUAUGAAACAGAAUAUCAGAACAGAUACCUCUAAAGAAAAUUCAAUCUCUACAAAUCCUCAGCUAAUAUAUAGUAAUCUAAAAAUGGAAGAGGCAAACUAA